AUGGCUCGUUUGAGCUUCCUGCUCGUGAGCUGCCUCACGCUGCUGGUCGGCAUUGCCAGCGCCGCCUCCGCGGUCGUCGACCUGAUCCCCAAGAACUUCGACAAGGUGGUGCUCCAGUCCGGCAAGCCCGCGCUGGUGGAAUUCUUCGCCCCCUGGUGCGGUCACUGCAAGAACCUCGCCCCCGUGUACGAGGAGCUGGGCCAGGCUUUCGCCCACGCCGAGGACAAGGUCACCGUCGGCAAGGUCGACGCCGACGAGCACCGCGAUCUCGGCAAGCGCUUCGGCAUCCAGGGCUUCCCGACGCUGAAGUGGUUCGAUGGCAAGAGUGACACCCCCGAGGACUACAAGGGCGGCCGCGACCUCGAGAGCCUGUCCGCCUUCAUCACCGAGAAGACCGGCGUGCGGCCCCGCGGCCCCAAGAAGGAGCCCAGCAAGGUCGAGAUGCUGACCGACUCGUCUUUCAAAUCGACUAUUGGUGGUGACAAGGACGUGCUGGUUGCGUUCACUGCGCCUUGGUGCGGACACUGCAAGAGCCUCGCGCCCACCUGGGAAACCCUCGCCAACGACUUCGCCCUCGAGUCCGACGUUGUCAUCGCCAAGGUCGACGCCGAGGCCGAGAACGCCCGCGCCACCGCGAAGGAGCAGGGCGUGACCGGCUACCCGACCAUCAAGUUCUUCCCCAAGGGCUCGACCGAGGGCAUUGCCUACUCCGGGGCGCGCUCCGAGGAGGCCUUCAUCGACUUCCUGAACGAGAAGACGGGCACCAACCGCGCCCCCGGCGGCGGCCUCAACGAGAAGGCUGGCACCGUCACCGUGCUCGACGAGCUGGUCGCCCGGUACACGUCGUCGGAGAACUUCUCCGAGCUGGUGGCCGAGGUCUCCAAGGCCGCCAAGGGCCUGCAGGACAAGUAUGCGCAGUACUACGUCAAGGUGGCGCAGAAGCUGGCCGAUAACCACGAGUAUGCGCAGAAGGAGUUUGCGCGUCUGUCGAAGAUCCUGAAGAAGGGCGGCUCGGCACCGGAGAAAGUCGAUGAUCUCAUCUCGCGGAGCAAUGUGCUGCGUCGGUUCCUUGGCGACAAGAAGGCGCAGAAGGACGAGUUGUAG